AUGGACAACAUCGGCCUCCAGUUUGGGCUCAUGAAUUCCUUGGGCCGCCUUGCGGGAGACAGCCCUCUUGUCAGCAUCCUGCUGUGCGCCUUGGUCCCCUUUCUGCUGAAGGAGGUCCCUCGUCUUCUCGAAGCUGUCUGGGCGCUUGUGGAAAGGCACCUUGCCGCUGGGCGGAUGUAUUACACCAGGCGCAUCGUCUUCACACAGGGGGACAACAUGAAUGUUCAUAGCUUUCACGGUCCACGGGACGUUCUCGGCUCUGAAGAGACGUCCACGGAGCGCAACAACAUCUUGCAGAAGGCGAUCCGUUUGUACAUCAACAAAGACAAGGACGCACUUCACAUCAAGGAUGCCGAGAUCUACUUGCUGGACAACAGCUCCGAAAUGGAGAAGGGGCCCAGAUUCGACCGCUUUGGAGAUUUCAGGCAAGAGGUCAAGUUUGUCGGGGAGAUGGAUGCUGCAGUGAAGAAGCUCAUGGGCUAUGGUGUGACCAAGGGCCCCAGAGAACGUGACUUCCUGCUCGUUGACGCCAAAAGGAAGAUUGAGUUCAUGUACCACACUAACUACAUUGCUCCAGAGUCCGGGGACGAGUCCAAGGGCAAAGGCAAAGGUUCUGCGGGUGGGGCCGGCAAGACGACCACCACGUUCUUCCUUCGAUCUUCCGGGCCCGAUGCAGAGAAGAACAUUGACAGCUUUAUUGAAGAAGCGUUGGAGGCAUACAAAAGUCAGAAGGCAAAGUCCGUGGACCGAUCCCGCUAUUUCUUCAUGCCACAGCUGCAGAAGGAGGACUCUGAUUCGAUGGGCAAGGGAUUCAGCAAGGGAGGUUCGCGACACGGCACCUACAAGAAGUAUUUGCUGUCGGAUCACAAGACCUUUGACUGCCUGUAUUUCCCGGAGAAGACGCAGGUCCUGUCUAUGCUUGAUGAUUUCUUGAAGAUGGAAGGCAAGUUUUCCAUUCCUGGAUUUCCAAACAAGUUGGGUUUGUUGUUGCACGGGCCGCCAGGCACGGGGAAGACCAGCCUAAUCAAAAGCAUUGCCCAGUACACCGGGAGACACAUUGUCGACGUGCCCUUGACGAAAGUCAAGACCAAUCAGGAACUGUUUGACAAAAUGUUUGACCUUGUUUUUGCUGUUCCUGGCGAUGAUGAGGCGGUGCGGAUGAGGUUCGACAACAUUGUCUUCGUCAUGGAGGAUGUGGAUGCAGCCUCUAAGGUUGUUUACCGAAGGGCGCCAGCGAAGGAGAAGAAGAAGAAGGCCACGAAGUCCAAAGGCAAAGGGAAGCUGCAUGAGGGCAAAGACAAGGGUGGCUAUAGUGACACCUUUGGCAAGGGCAAAGGCACAAUGUUAGAUGAAGGUGGUUUGCAAGCGAGUCUGGGUGAUGAGCAAUGCAAAGGGACGCGGGCGGAUGGAAAGUGCAAUGAGGUUUCGGGCAAGGGGAAGGGGCUUGCGGAUGGAAAGUCGUCCGAAGGCGACGGAAACUUGGGGGGCAAAGGCAAGGGCGAGAAGCUACUUGCUGAACUGGCACGGAGAGGCCCUCCCCAGCUGAACCGUGCCCAGUCUCACACACUGAGCCUUGUCCGGACGAUCACCAUUGGCACCGAGGCCCCAGAGCCUCCUUCCAUACCGCCUAAGAUGCAGCAACAGGGCGAGAUGGACGAGGAGGAGGGCGAGGAGGAGGAGGAAGAUGAGGAGGAAGAGGAACCCGCUGACAAGUCCAGCGACUCCAUGGAGCAUCUGGCCGCAGCCAUUGGCCGGCUGGGCAAUUCAGGUCAAAACGAGACCACGAGCUUCUCCAGCCGCUUCAGCCGCGAUGCCGAUGAGCUAAAUCUUUCUGGCGUGCUGAACGUCCUGGACGGGGUGGUUGAUUCGCCAGGCCGCAUUCUGAUCAUGACCACGAACCAUCCGGAGAAGCUGGAUCCUGCCUUGAUCCGACCAGGCCGCAUCAACUUUGCGAUCGAACUGGGAUUCAUGAAGGGCGAGUGCUUGUGCCAGCUCGCGGCCCGGCUCAUGCGCGAGGAGCUCACAGAGGCCCAAGCCAAAGAGGCAUGUGAGAUUGCUGAAAAAGGGAAGGUCACGCCCGCCAAAGUGGAGCAGUGUUGUGCUGAAGCCACCAAUGUAGAAGGCCUGCUGCUGGCCUUGAGGAAGAUUGCCGACCUUGAGGUCAAGUGA